UGUUUGCGUCGUUCACCAUCGUUCACAUCUCAAAUCUAACCACGUUGCCUGCAUGCUUUAGUUUAGGUUAGAAAAUCUACAAUAAGCUAAAGAAAAAGAAGUUACAUGCUUAUUUCAUCUUAGGAAUGUUUUUGUUAAUAUAAUUGUUCUCAAGAUGAGUAUAAUUACUGAAUCUGAAAAGAAACGCUUACAAGCCUUGAAAGAAAAAAAACGGGUGUUUAAAGCAAGGGAGGAAAUUAUCCGACAAGCCUUAAGUAACUUGGAUACUACGAAAAAUAAGAAAAUUAUAUUUGAUGAUGACACUGAUGUACAACAAAGCACAAAGUUAAAAAAGAGGAAGAAUAAAGAUUUGUUUGACAGUGAUGAUGAUAAUGACAAUAAAAAUGAAAAAGAUCAUUUAUGGAAUGAAGAAGAAUUUAACACUAAGAAAAGUAAAAAGGCUAUUCUUGGGAAUGAUGCACGAUUUACUUUAGAUGAUCGCUUUACUGAAAACGAUCAUCAAAGUGAGAAAACUGAACUUGUAGAAGAUAUCGAUCAAAGUAAUUUGCAGAAAGAGAAAGAAAAGCAGUUAGAUAUUUUAGAAAGUAUUUUAGGAGCACCUCUAAGAACAAAACACCAGGAAACAAAACAGGAUACUGAAACAACUAAAAAAGAAUUGAUGAUACGAUAUGAUCCAACUGAAAAUGGACAUUACGAAUAUGAAGUAAAACCUACACAUCAAGAAGAAGAAAUUAAAGAGAAAAAAAGCAAGAAGAAGAAACGAGAUAAAUCUGUGGCAGAAAUUGAGGAGCCUGCAUCUGUAGAGGUAUCAAAAGAUAUUUAUUAUAUUGUGUCCGAUACCUUGGCAGAAAGUCUAAAGCAGAAAGAAGAGUUUAGUUUGUUAAAAGUGCAUGGGAAAGAAAAGGAUGAUACAGAAAAUAGCAAGGAUUAUGACGCAUCUAUUUCAAAAAAUAAUAAAGUACAAAAAUUUAAGUUUAAUUUUACUGCAAAUGAUGCAUUUAAGUGUAAUAUAUCUGAUAAUGAAGAUGUAGAUAAUGUACCAGAUGCAGAUGAACAAAUGAUCGAUGAGGCUAAAAAUAAUACUAAUACAAAUAACAUUUUUGGAUAUAGAGAUACUUUGUUUUUUGAUGACAGAGAUGUACGGUUUAAUGAGGCUGUAAAAUUUUUCAAUACAGAAGCUACUUUGAGUGAUGAAUUCAAGAACUUGAGGCGCAAGUUGAAAAUGAUUGUACGUACAAAAGUUCGAAAAAAUGAAAAGAGAAAUCAGCCGUGGGAUAAGAAGAGAAAAGUAAAAAGAAUAGUAAAGUCUCGUAAUAAAUAUUUUUAGUGCUAAAUAUAAUUCUAGUG